AUGGUGCCAGCGGUGCCCUGGGUGCCCCUGGUGCCCUGGUGCCGCGGUGCCAGCGGUGCCCUGGGUGCCCUGGUGCCGCGGUGCCAUGGUGCCCCCUGCCGGCAGCUGCAGGAGGAGUCAGUGCUGCGGUUGCUGUUCUGGGAGGCUCGGGGGCAGGUGCUGGGGGGGCGCUGCCCGGUGGACCCCCCCCAGGCGCUGGAGCUGGGGGCCCUGGCCUGCCGCCUGCGCCUGGGCCCCUACCGCCCCGCGCUGCACAGCGCCCCCUGCCUGCGGCCCCUGCUGGGGGAGCUGCUGCCGCCGGCGCCGGCGCGGGGGGGCCUGUGGGGGGCGCUGCUGAGGAGGGGGCCGCGGCAGCCCCCCCCCGAGGAGGGGCUGCUGGAGGCCUUCUCCCGGACCCCCGGCCCCGAGGCCGCCCCGGCCCAGCUCUACCGAGACUUCCUGCGGCGCUGCCACCCCCUGCCGGCCUACGGCUGUGCCUUCUUCCCGGGGGCCAUCGAGCGGCCCGGGGGGGGGCUGCUGGCCCGGGGGGGGCUGCGCCCGGUCAGCGUCGCCGUGGGGCUGGAGGGGGUCACCAUCAUCGACCCCCGGGACAAGCACGUGCUGCUGUCCCUGACCUACCCCGAGCUGUGCUGGGAGCUGGUGGGGGCCGUGGGGCAGGGCGGGGCCGAGCCCUCGGAGCCCCCCCAGCUGUGGCUGGAGUUCGACGGCGACCACCAGGGGGCGCCAGUGAACCGCCUGCUGCGCAUCUUCUCCCCACAGGCGGAGCUGAUGAGCGCGCUCAUCCAAUGCUGCAUCGAGCUGGGCGGGGCGGAGCCGCCCCCCGCGCCCGAGACCACGCCCCCCGCGGCCGCGCCGGGCGCCCCCUUGCGGCGGGAGGACAGCGUCAGCCGGCCGCGCCUGCAGCGCCUGCGCACCAUCGACUACGUGCGGGAGGGUGAGGAGCUGCGGCGGGUGAAGCCCCCCCGGCGCUCGGUGUCCUUCUUCGGGAGGGGAGGGGGCGCCGAGGGGCAGCGGCGCCGCCGCCAUUUUGAGAGGUACCUCAGCCGCCGCCGCCAUUUUGAGAGGUACCUCAGCCGCCGCCGCCAUUUCCUUAGGUGA